UUGGUUGGCGAAGGAAGUCAAAAUGGAUCAAAGGCCAUGUGUGAGGAAGCCGGACUACCUCAUAGAAAACAGCUGCCCCUUGCUGUCUCUGCCUCUCACCCUGACCUGACAGCAGCCAGAAAUAUGAGGCCUCUCCAGACCUCUGUCCUGGGAAAGAGGGACAGGACAGCACACAUACACUCUGAAAAGCUUUUGUUUCUGCUCUCUCUCACUCUCACUCGCUCUCUCAGACAUACAAAGAAGAAAGAAAGCCGUUUGUCUAUGCUCAUUCACUCAUUCAGCCACAAAUAGAAAUCUUCGUUUCAUAUAUACACUCCCUCUUCCACCCUCACAAAACCAUUAAAUUAUCACAUGCUUGAUUUCUCUUUAUUGUCUGUUUGUUAAACUGUUUCAUUAGCUGUUUUAGUCAAUUUGGCACAAUUUGUCUGUCAAUCUUCCUCUUCCUGCAACUGCCUUUCUUUGCAAUUCUCUCCUGCCAGCAACAUUGUGCCUGCUCUUUCUGUGAGCCGGGCCUUCCUCGACACUGUCUGAGAGUGCUUUUCUUCCCCUAUGCUCUUGUCUCCACCUUUCAUCACCGCAUUUCUGGGAUUUCUCUCUCUCCGCGCUGCUUUUCUGCUGUGUUCAAACUCUGACUGAGUUGAGAAAGGCAUUCAGCUCCCUAAUCCGGGCUCCCUCUAUCAGGAAUGCUAAUACGUGUGAUUGUGUGACCCGCUGAAGCCCGGCAACAUCUGCAGGAGCCAAUGGCGAGCCCCUGCCCUCCCACACCCACUGUGCCCCCUGCCUUUGAGCGUUCACUCACUGCCAUUAUUUCAUUGUUUCACUUCACGCCUGUGACUGGGCAGUGCGGUUAACCCUCUGCUGUUCAGACCAGGCUACAUGCAGUCCUCACACAGGGCCAGAGGGGAACUGUGGGGGGUGUAUGGGUUUGGGAAAGCCCUUUCCCAGGACAAGUCCCCCUGUCAGCCCAUCUGGUCUUCUACAUACAGCCCUACCCCUCGCACUGUUUACUUACGCAUUCCACUACUAGUCAGUGCACAUUUGUGUGUUCAUAUGGUUUGUUUAAAAGUAUGGUCACUUGUGAGUUGAGCCACAAUGGCAGGAAUUACCAUUUGCGUCUCACUACACAUUCUCCACGGGUCGAUUUUGCUCUCUCGGAGACAUCAGGAAAUGGAAACUUACUCUUGAUAGGGUGAGAUCUGAAAGGAUUGUGGUGUUAGCCAAUAAAAACCUGUUAUUAAAUUUUCAGGCACCUCUUUGCCAGGUAUCAGAGUUGAAAGAAAUUAUUGUUGAGAUAGUGUCUGUUUUCAGAAAGAUGAAUUACUGGUAAAGCUCAACUGACAAAGUGAAUCUGUGUCAUGCAGGAAUGUUGCUGAUUGAAUUACCCUUUUCUUCAGCCCCGGCUGUACUCCUGCAUAUGUAUUCAAGCUACACCGUACAAUAGACAGGCAGAGCAGUAGAUUGGAUUUCUGUGUGCUUCAUUCACAUUCAAACAUUUACCUGUUAAAGCUUUCAGAUCGUCAGACCUGUCAGAAUUCGGUCGAUGUGACUUGUUUGUGCUAGAUUCUAGUCAAAAAAUGCAUGUGUACAUCACACACACUGUAGUGUUAAGGCCGUAAUGCUAAAAAAAAGCCAAAAGAAAUAUUUUAUACUUGAAUUAAACUUUAGCCAUUAAGCUGCUUGUUAGCUUUAGUGCACACUUACUGAUUUUAGGUGCUGCUCAAGUUUCUCAGUGUCAGUUUAUUGAUGAGUAUGACUACAGUGGACUUUUAGUUGUGGCUGUUUUUAUUUUGGGUUAAAAAAAAAAAGCCGCAGCAGUAGUAGUAAAUAAAUAUUGCAUUUGCAGAAGUCUAUACCAAAUGAGAGGUUUUAAUUGUCUGUCAGUGGGUUCAGUGUGAUUGUUGUCUGAAACUGAAAAGCAGCUACAAAUUUUUUCCAAUUGAAUAGAGAAAAUCAACUUAACAAGUAAAAGAAGUACAGAAAUAGUGUAAGCUUUGUACUGAGCUGAUCCAGAAGAGACCGAAAAAACACUUGAAAACACACAUACGUUGACACAUGUUCAUGCUGCAUCAAUGUUUUUGUCCUUUGUUAUCAAAAGCAUGAUUAAUCAUUACAUUUUUGCAAAACAGGGGUACUGUUACCAUGGGGACAUGAAAUUGUCCAUGCUGCUUUGCAUAUCAACUGAAAAGUUUGCGAUUGUUGUACAACUCUGGGUGGCGUCUAAAGCUGCUGAAGGCCUGCAUAGUUUUAAAAGAGAGUCCACUCUUUUGGCAUUCUUUCACGCCUCCUGUGAGCUCUGUACUUUAGCUCAAUGUGGUGCUUGUAGUGCACUUAAACACAUUAUUGAGCAAUUCAGCAGGAAUGGAGGUUUUGAUGUUUUCCUGCAUUUCCUUUGGCAUUGAAUGUCAGUGCAGAUUUUCAGCCAACACUUUCAUAAAUAGGGGGGGAAAUGUAUCCACAUGAGUGUGUAAACCAACCGAAGUGCAAAUGAGAGGACUCACUUUUUGUUUUCUAUCAAAUACCUGACAUAAUUAUGAUGAUCAAAUCAGAGCUCCAGAAUGUUAAACUUUGGUUCAAAUUAAGUUUGCAGUCUUGCUCUUCACUGUUUCAGUUCCUGCAAAAAUAUUUAAAAUGAUUAUAAGCCUCAAGGAAACACAUGUGAGCCCGCUAUUCCAGUUGUGAUGGCUCACUGAAACCAAAGAUGGAAGUGUGUCAUCCAUUUAUAAUAUCAGAACUUCAGAUCAACUGGGCCUUCCUUCCCUCCUUUAUCAGAACCAACACCCUUCUUUUGAAUGAUCAUCCACUUUGUUUUGUACGUACAUGUUUUAUUUUUAAUUGUUUUUGUAACCUGUUCAUUUAUAUCUAUAUUGCAUUCUACCCAUCGAAUAUAUAAAUGUUUGACUGAACUAAUUGUAGGAUUGCAGCUCCCUUAUUCCUUUGUUUACGGGCAUGUUUCAGGAUUUCAAGACGGUUUAAAAGGAAUGGGCUCCACAGAGCCAAAUUGGAUCUGGGUAUGUAAAUACUGCUCUGAUGUUUAAUGAGAAACAAAGUUAGCUAAUUAUAGCAGCUCGGAGAAACAUGAGGAGGACAGUGGGAAAUGUUUCCAUCACUCCCUAGCUCUAUAGAUUACUGCCUAAUUGCCUCAAUCGAAUCAGGCGGAGACAUUAGCCAGAGAGGCAGAGAGUGAGAGAGAAAAACAUGGGGAUGGGGCUGAUUACACAUAUCCGUCGGUGGCUCUUUAGAUAAUCCAGCAGAGGACCAGCAAACUGGGCUCUCUGACUUGGUAUGAGCCCGUCUGUCUUCUUUAGUCUGCAUGUCUCCCAUGUUCUGCUCCCCUCCCCCCGCUGCAGUUGUGAAGGUGAGGAUAGCAGGGUACUGUGUUCUUUUCUUCCAUGAAAGCCAGCUGCAGAGGUGAUUCAUGCUCCCAUGCGGAAGUUUUUCAACUAUAAUUACAAGUAAUUCUGACACAUGUUUAUGCCUGAUUUUACCAGACAGCUUCUCCGCUAAUGACAAAGUAGUACAGAACAUCCGCCCAAACAUUUGUUACAACAAUAUUUUUCUGCCUUAUUAUUAUUGUAUGUUGUCAUUUUAAAAACACGAAAAACAUGUGGCGCCCCAUUGGCCAACCUGUUGACAAACCUGGAGAAUGGUUUCGCGCUCAUUUUUUAUUUUUAUUUUUAACAAUAACUCUGCUUUGUCAAAUAUCAGGAGUGUGAGAGUGUGAAACUUGAGCCAGAUAGAAAAUGAAGCCAGAGAGUUUUUAAGAAAGUCUUAUUGUGGGAAGCCCAGUUUGCCUACUUGUGUUUAUUUUAUGUCUCACUGAAAAUGAUAAGGAGGGAGGAAAAUGGCCCGUUCGCUCUGUUUACGUUAAUUCCGGUAAUUCCAGUUAAUUGUGGCGCAGCAAUAAAACUGAAAAUGAACUGUGUCCCACUUAUGUUUUGUAGGCAGGGUGAGCAGAAUAAGGCGCUCCACUGGAUCUGUUUCAUCAGAGCACAGUAAUAUUGAGGUCAGCUGUCCAAAAUGAUCUCAUGUUAAGGAAUCGGCAAGUCAGCAGGGUCAGAGCAGAACCGCCAUGACGACACUUUCUCCACGGUGAUAACGCUGCCCUCCUUUCCCUCCCCUUCACUUCCUCUGCAUGGGAACAGCAGAGAGGAGUCUGAACUGUAUCUGUGCCCUUUAGCUCUGAGCCAGAAUGGUACUACCAUUGCCUUCUUACUAAACAUGCAUCAAAAAUCAAGUGAGGAGAGUUAUGAUUAACUGGAUGUUUACACUUCUGAUUAUUCAUCGCUUCAGCAUGACAAAUCUUCCCAUCCUUAAAGUCCUCAGCAAAUAUCCCAGUACCCAAAAAUAAAGAACAGAAAAUAGUUGUUUCCGGAUGUCUUAGGAGUGUAAAUGGGUGCCUGUAAAAUUCUUCCCUCAGUUUUCCCAGACAGGAUGCUUAGCAUAGAAAAAGCAUGUAGGAAUUCUGUGUGGGGAACCCAGUCUCCAGCAGAUUCCUUUUUAAAGUUCCUUUGGGAAAAGAGGCACUGUAAACAGAUAACGGCACUCAUGCAGAAAGGGUCGGAAGUGGGAGGUCUUACUUUUUCAGGCCUUUGAUAUGAUCACUCUGGGUGCCGCUUUUUGGAAGGUCGUGUGAGAGUAGGUGAACUGGGCAUUUCGCUUUAGCUUUGCUACUCAUUUACAAUCCACUCCUCAGCACAUUAAGCCCAAUGUUGUCAAAGCAUAUUAAGCUGAGUUCUAAGUGAGUUUGAUUGGUUCUCAGGUGAGGUUAUAGCUCCUAUCGUUAUCCUGUCCUACAAUUGGUCAAAUAUGACCUAGCUCUUUAAAUUUCUCACUCACAGGCUAUUUUGGCACCCUUACUCUCUGUCUCCCCCUCUGUCACGCACACAUGUUCCCAUAAUUUAUGGCUGCCGGGUCCUUGAUCAAUUGAUAGCAGGGAAUCCUUUGGUAAAUAGAGUUUUAGACACAUUGCCAAUAGACCUGGGCUAUUGAUUGGAGUGUAAAUUAAAAACUUAAUCAGGUCUCCGAGAUAAGAUUUAUCUCCGCUCCAAGCAAAUUACAGGGCUGACUUGGAGACAUAAAGGCAGGCCGGUGGGCAGAUGAGCAUUGCCCCUUCAUGGGUGCCACGUCUGGCCACAAUUCUCUGUCGUCUUUCACUGCUCGUGCCACCCACCUCCACUUCUAGGCUCGCUCUUGUCUUGUAGAAUAGAACAUGUGCACUUUUAUGUUGACAUAAUGGAUAAGUGCUAUUCUUGAAGUCUUUAAUUAGAACUAAGACUGGCUUGGGCUAACAGACUCUAAAGCGUACGGUGGACAUAUUUAUCCAGCAUGUCCUACUGUGCCAUUAUGCACUUGGGAAGUAGUUUUAUUUCUUUAUCAUUUUGUUCUGUUUAGCAGUUUAUCUUGUUCGCUCUUCUCAAUACCGCCUCCCUUCCUCUCAUGCUCUGUGUUUAAUCACUCACUUUCAUUGCUGCCUGUGAUGAAAUAUGUAAAUCAUUACACCCAGCUUUUAUUUCUUCAAUAAUAUUCUCAUCUUGUUGAGGUCAUUUUACGCUACAAUAAAUUCAUGCACAUUCAUACGCACACGUGGUGUUGUCUAUAUUUUAUAUGUAUUAAGACAAUCCUUGGGAUUGCACAUUGAUCAGUCUAUGGAUUUCUGCGAUAAUUGCUGAGGGAAAUUUUCUCAGUCUCUACUCUUGUUCAUUAUUAACAAUGGGAAAUGGGUAUACAGUCAAAAUGUCUCUGAGUAUAAUUUCAUCUUAAAAUAGCGAGUACUUCUAAUUCAUGCUGGCUAAUACAGAGCAAAGUGCAUACAUGCAAGGUUUUCCUCAGGUUUCACAGAUAAGACCUGCUCACUGAGGAUCCUGGGAUUGGUACCUCACAGGUAUCUUUCUAGAUCUUUUGGUCCGUAAUUAAAACAUAUACUUUUUUCCCCUUGUGAUUAAGGCAGGUAUUAGCCUCCUCUCAGGGAUUAUAGCACUUCCCAUUAUCUCUGGUUAUAGUCUUCAUAUAUAGAACCCACAGAAAUGACAUUGACCCAGAGAGAGGCAGACAGUGGAAGAGAAAGAUGGAGAGUAGAUAGUUGAGGAGGUCAUAAGUCCAUUAGUAGAUAACCGUAAAUAUACAUAAAUAUAAUAAAAUGUGCAAUACCCCUAAGGAGUAUUAUGCAGUGGUAAUAUGGACAUCAUUUUGGGUUUGCAAAGUGCUGGAUAAGUGUUAGAGGUCUCCAAAAGUGCCAUGUAACUAAACCCAUCCAGUAGGUGCAUAAUGGUGGUCACCCUUCCUCUUUGUCUAGUUGUGGGGGAGGCUGAGACCAUCAGUAAUAGGCUUUUUGCCUGAUAAGCCCGGAAAAUACUCGUUUAGUUAGUGAAAGUGCAGAGGGAUCCUGGCCUGAUAAACCCACUGUUUCCUUCUGUAAUACCCAACAGCUAAAAUCAAUGUUGGGAUAAUUCUCCUCCUAGUCGUCCAGUCUCCUUUAUCUGCAGCCUUCUUCAACCCAUGUACAUGGGGGUGGUGGUUAGCUGGAGUAAACCUCUGUGUAUAUAAUAGGUUAUGUAGUUAUACUUAAAUAUGACUUUGCUUUGUGAAUAUAUAUGUUUUUAAAAAGUCUCUUAACUGCCACAUUCAGGAGUAGUAAUGGAAGUAGUACUCCAAAGUCUUUGCCCACUCAUGCUAAAUGCUUUUAGUUAAAUGCUUUUAGCAAUUAACUACAGUUUUCAAGGCAUGACACUGGAGCAUUGGGUACCUUAUUUCUUAAUUUUAUUUGUGUAAGGCUUCUCAUGAUAAGGGUACAACUUUCAGCAAUCACCUCAGGUGUUGUCUAAGCUUGAGUGCUUGUAUAAAUCUGGAGUGAGGAAGUGGCUGUCAGCACUAAAUUCACCCCUGAGAAGAGCAUUGUGCUCUGUCAACAGAGGCUCUAUGUUCUGUCACAGGUGCUUGAUUAGACUUAAAAAUACAGCGCAGGUAGAGCAUCAAACAAAGCCACAGGAUUGAAAGGGUUCUGAAAAGUGGCAAGAGUUCUUAUGAUGCACAGUUCCUGGAAUUUUCUUCUUCGAGACUGCCUCUCGUCUCCGUGCCGCUUGCUCGGAGGUGAAGUCGUGCCACAACAUUUGAUCAGCGUACAGAAUUCCUAACGUGUCAUUCCAGCGGCUCACUUUUUUCAGCAUUAUCAUUUUGCUGGCAGACUUUCCCAGAGUUAGUUUCUCAGUAAUCUCACUGGCCAUCACAGCACUGCUGUAAAAUACUGCCUCAGGUGUUAGCAGCAAGGGUGGUUAGCCUGGGACACUGUUACCUAAAGUGCAGUGUAUUAAAAAGCAGUCAGGGCCCUGGAUCACAGUAUAUCACAAGGGAGAAGCAGUGAUAAGGCCUGCCUGCCUGGCUGCAGAUCAAUGAAGGUUACUGACAUCAUAUCACAAAGUGAAAGCAACUGCUGCACCCCUAGCUAUUUAUCUGCGGCGGAUCGGACAUAGGGGGGUGGAGGGGAGACAGAGAGGAUGACAUGAGACUGCUCUGCCCCAAUGUUCGGGGGGGACAAGUGCUGACUCCUCCUUUUCUACCCUGUCACUAAAUCCUUUCCUGGUUCACCGUGGCACAUAUGACAUUUAGCCCAAAUGGUUAGGAGGGCAAAGAGAGACGGUGAGUAUGGUUGUAGUUAGACUGAGAAUUAGUUUGUCUGAUAAACACAAGCUCAGGCAAAAGUUAGUUGUCGUCUGUGCUGAAACAUGAGAGAAAGUCAUAGCGUCUUUUGGGUGUGUUGUUCACUUACAUUUUGUCUUAUUUCUGUAUUUUGGUUCAUAAAAGUACUUCGGAUGUCCUUGAUUACCAGUUAAAAUAAUUUUAUAUUUAAGAGUUUCCAAAUUGUAGAACUCGGAUAAUCUGGUAGUCUGCGACCUUCUGAGGCACCAAAGGUUCAUGAACUUAAGUUCUUGUGUCACAGCUUAUGAAGAUUUAGACGGUAUAUAAUUAUUUGUAACCCCCCUUUCUUUUUCUCUUUAUCCUUACACACAUUUAUUCGUCCAUCGUAAUGUGUGUCAUAAAGCCCCUAUAAAGCCCCCUAUUCUCCUUAAUUAGUGUAAGUGUGGUAAUAGUGCGCUGUUUGUAUGCAUAGAUGCACUUUGUGUGCCCAUGUGUAGGAGAUCAUGCUUACAGGUACUGUAUGAGUUCCAUUUAUCAGCUGCCUGGGGCACAAUGUGGAGGAUUUCCCCCAAUGGGUUAGUGUGUAACUACUCUGUCAAUACAUGCUUGUCAAGGCUGGGAGAGUGCGGAGGAAAAAAGGCCCCUCACUCCAACGCACUGAAGCCACUUAUUGAGCAGCCAAUAGCUAUUUACCUCUUGAUGGUGGCAGGCAGAGAGAGGGGGUCCAGCCAGCAAGAGGAGCUCUGCGAGCGAGGAAGCAAAACCAGUGGCUCAGACAGAAGACAGGGAGGUCUGUGUUUAUAUGGAGCAGGUUGUCCUCUCCUGGCUCCUGGUCUUUGCAGGUCCUGGCUGUGUGUACAGCUUGCUGCUGUAAAGCCCUGCUUCCUCUCUGGAAUCUUGGUGUUGACAGAGAGCAUCUGGGCCCUGGGAGAGCUUCCAGCCUGCCGGGCCGUAUGUGUGUGUGUGUGUGUGUGUGUGUGUGUGUGUGUGUGUGUGUGUGUGUGUGUGUGUGUGUAGACGGUGAAAGAAAGAGGUAUGUAGAGAGGGUAUGUAUAUAUACUCUAUCUUUCCCUGCAUAUUCUAAUUGGCUCUGCCCAUUGAACUCCCCAUGGGAUUAUGUCUUCCCUGGUCUCUUCACCACAAGCACCUAAAGGUGGUAAGUUUUAUGAAUGGGUGUUUUGAUGAGUGUAUCUUUUAUUCAUGCAUUCUUUGAUUAGACAAAGAAAAGAAUGUUGUAAAAUACAUGUGUUCAUCUUUCCUCUUCUCAUUUUGUUUUCUUAGACCUUCUUGCUCUGGUUAAAAUAACCUUUUUUUGUGGGCUAUGUGGUACGAGGUGCUCGAUUUGUGAGUCGCCUGUUAGGACACGUCCCAUGUACCUGAGUCACAGGCGGAAAAGUUAACCCUCACAGUACUAUUUCGGAAGAGUUAGCCAAAUCAUGCACAGCUGAGGCUUAGCUGGGAGACGAAGGAAAAGGAAGGAAUGAAGUCAGCCUUUACUGGGAUACACACUGAUUAAGUACCCUUGUUUAUAUCACAGAAGGUCCCCCGUCACACCCAAAUCUGUACAUGUAUAUCAAACUGAAAUGAGAUGUCAGUUUUGCACAAAGUAAGCCAUACAAGAGCAAACCAGUGAGAUGACCCGCUGUUGAAGAACAGCUGUACAAACAAAGAGAGGGGGAAAAAAAGAACAAGAAAAACACAUCAUAUCAUCAUUUAACAACAGUUGCUCUGUAAUCUGGUAUUACUUCCACAAGCAAAGGAGGGGCCUGUGUCAGACCAAAAUGAACUUGGAUACUUUUGUGGCAGGAGGAAGCCAAGUGCUUUUGAGAAGCUAGCCCGAGAUGUGAAGGUUUACGGACUCAUGUAAAUCCAGAGGGCUUGUACUUAAUCGCGUUUGAUGUGCAUGUGAAUAUGACUGCUUCAGCAUUCCAGCCUUGACCAUACCAAGUUCAGAAGACCAGGGCAAAGCUGAACAGAGAGGGGAGGCAUUGAGGGACGAAGGGUGGUAGGGCUGGUAUCUUGUACUAAUUGGCUGCUGUGCUUGUCUAUACAGCCUGGGGCAAAAGGAGUACCCUGCCCUUAAUCCCCGGAGUGUUUUCAAACCAUCUUUGCCCAAACUUGUUCCCUUUUCCGGCCCACAUGGGUCCCCAUAAUUUUGUAUAUUUCCGUGUGCGUACUUAUUCAUGCACGUGCUACACAAUAUAAGCUGGCGCAAUAUUAAGGGGGAAUUCCAGUGAAAGAGAGAAGUUGAACAGAGAAGGGUCUGUCUUAUUGGUCUGUGGUGGGUGGCAUCCUUGCAUUCUUCUUUGUGUGUGAUUUCUGCCCACAGUGGCCCUGUGUAUUUCUCUGGUCCGUUCAGUGUUGUGUUACUCACUGAUGGCACAUAAUACUCUUACAACGAGCAUGAGAACAUCCAUCUGUCUUAUGUUCACUGAACAUCUUGUGGGGGUUUGAGCGGACCUGGAACUGUUGUCACACCAGACUUUCGAAACAACUAAGUUAGAAAGAUUUGGCUGAGGCACGCUAGGGCUUUGCAGCCAGGCAGUCAUCCAGAGUGACAGAGCACAAAGAUGGAAAGGGAUAGACAAGGGGUAAUAGAAGCAACAGGGGAUUAACAAAUGAGAAGUCAUGACUUGGCAUCUGUGAGUGCAGUUCACACACACAUGCACGCAUGCAUACAUGCACACACACAUGCACGCACACAGACCCACACACACACACUCUUUGGUAUAUAGAGGAGAAUAAGCUGGUACACUGUAAUGUCUUGCCAAAGUAUUGGAGUAAAGUGCAGGCUGUGUGCAUGCCUCUUCCUGUUUUGUCCUGGUGUGUGUGUAUGCUGUGGAGUGGUUCAGGUGUGGUUAAUGUUGGCACCAGAUCUUCACGCCGGCGGCAAUAAACAACAGAGCAGGCAGGAGGCCAGAUGCAACUCCACAAACUUUUAACCUCUCCCUCAGCUAAUCCCUUGCCACACUAGUAACUCUUUCUUUUUUUAACUCAUUCUUUCACCUCUUACUCUCUCUCUGUUCUUUAUUUCUCCUCCCACUGCCUUUUCUUCUCUCCCUCUCUCCCUCUCUCUCUCUCUCUCUCUCUCUCUCUCUCUCUCUCUCUCUCACUCACUCCCCUUUAGUCCCACUCUCCUUUUAAGUGAAGUCAGCAUGCUGACCUCUAAAUAAAGGCUGGAACACUACAGCUGUUGCCAACUUCAAACAGCCAAUGGCUCAAAGUGGGGCCUGUGCGGGUGUUAGGGGUAGAAAUAAUGUGCCUAUUAAAACUAACUUAGAGCCCUCUUUAUUCUUACGGCUCCCUGUGUGUAAGUUAGCCACAGCAAACUAGACUUGAUGCUUACUUAAGCUCAGCUGAGACAAAACCCACCCUAUCCCAGCCUAUUUGCACUCCCCCGUACCUGUAUGGGAUCAAUUCUUUGAUAUGAUGUUUUCGUGUUGGAGAGUGGUAACAAAGGAUCACCCACACUUCCUCGCUUUAGGUGCCAGUUACAUCAUUUGACUGGAAAUCACCUAAUCUGGCCUCAUGCAAAUCUGUUGAGGCCCCCAAAUGGUACGCUUGUGUUUAGCUCUUUGUUCAACACUGUGCUUUUAUAUUUCUUUUUCCUGGCACUUAUAAUUAGUAAACUCAAAAAGAGUCGGGAACAGAGAGGUUCACCGGGCCACAGUAGAGUUUGUGAACAGACAAAUAUGUACUGGUCAUAGUUGUUAAUUGGAUAAAUAUUAAUGGAAAAAGUUAAGGUUUGUAUUCAUGGAACAAGUAAGGCUGACAAAAUCCAGGUCUGGUUCACAAUGAAUCAUCCACCUCAGGCUCAUAUUAAUAGAACUUGUAAAAAUGGAAGCUGUCGUUUAUCCAAACACUCCCAGAAUGUCUUUAUGAAAUAAAGACUGAGCCAGAACUAAAAUGGAAAGCAUCAGGAUUAGUCACCCAUCUCCCAUGUUUCUUGUUUCUUGCUACAGAGUAAAGGGUUUUGUGAUUUGUAUAAAUGUACCUAUACAGAUGGUUUUCAUACCUUAACAUAAUCCCCUAAGAUAUCCUACAGUAAGUAACUUUUAAAUUUAGUUCAUUCUUCAGAGUGCCAAGGUACCCUGUGGGGAUGACUAACCUUUUACUGGGUUAAUGUGGUUUCAAUAGAUGCUUCCUAAAUCCCAGUAAAGCUUGUUACUUACUUGGGGAAGAGACAGCAUAAAAAAAAUAAGCAAAUGAAUAUCAAAGGGCAGUUCAGUAAAGUUGCAUAAGGCAUAUUUAUACUUCUAAUUUGCUUAAAACACAGCUUGAAGUGUAAGUCAAUAAUAAAAUGACUAUGUAGUACCUUCAAAAGUAAACAUUAACCCAUGUUCAAAACACCAAAAAAGUGGCAUGCUUGUUUUAAUUACGCAGCAGUGUUCCUGUGCAGUAAACCACACUCACUCUGCUUUAACAUAAACAAUAUUUAAAACUAGUUGUUGUGAUAAUUGUAUGUGACCAAUGUUGCAUAUUAGUUGCUCCUCACCUUUUCUUUAAUGCUGGUGUGUGUGUGUGUGUGUGUGUGUGUGUGUGUGUGUGUGUGUGUGUGUGUGUGUGUGUUUAUAAGGUUUUUUUUCUUUUUUCUUUGGCAGGUCGUCCUUUUGGUGUGCAUCUCAGUGUUUGUCCUUUUGAGAAAAAUAAUUAUAAGUUGUAAGGGUUGUUAUUACUAAACUGGUUGUCCAGUCUUGCCCCUAACUGCAUGGCGGCAAUAGGUUAAUUACAUGUCUGAAGUUGAUGAUGUCACUAUGUUGGGAACUUUUCCUAGGCUUUUAGACACAGACUUACUUAUACCGAACUGAACUCGCUUUAGUUUCUAAUAAUUGCAAGUUUCUCCUUUUUCAAAACAAACAAACAAACAAACAAACAAACAAACAAACAAAAACAAAAAAAAACUUCUUGCACAUAUAGACCACCCCAAUCUAAUGAUGUGUUAUGUAUGGCUCAUAGUGAAUGCUUAGUGCUAGGCAUGUAGUUAUCUCAGUUUCCAGUUGCAUUGUUUUUUUUAAAUAUUCCCUUGAACGGUACAGGUAAUAUAAGACAGUGUUUCCUGUGGCGUAUAAUAAAAACGUAUGUGUUAAUCUUGUUAGGAAGACAGAUGAGUAGUAUUUGUAAAGCAGAGGAAGUGCAUGUAUAAUACCUUCCAGCCUGAAGCAGGUGAAGUAUAGCAGUAAGUAUAGGAAUGGGCAUAGCAUUCCUGCUGAAACACCUGAAAGGGUAAGCAGAUGGUUGCUGCAAGCUAAGAGAAUAUUGAGUGCAAAUCUCUGUCGACAAGUUGUGCCCCCUGCUCUGCUCCAACUGGGGAAUGUGUUACUUAAUGGGCCACAAAACAGCCGGGAGACCGCAGCUCUCUUAUCGCUGAUAUUAGAUGACCCUAAAAAAUCCGAGAUAAAGAAAAAGAUCCUGGAAAAAAAAAAGUAGAAUUGAAAGCUUUUCUCUUUUUCUGUGGACAGAAGGAAAGAAUGGUAGGUAAUGUUAUCUUGUUCACAGUUACAAGAAUCCUGCUUGCUGAGGCUCUGGGUUUCAAGUUUCUAAUAUGUAUAUAAAGUUUCACUGCACAAUGGAUCUUUUGUCUAGAGCAAACUGAACACUCCCCCUCUUUCUUUUCCUCCCUUCUCUUGUAAAAAAAAAAUGCAUUCAUGUGCUUGUGGGGCUGCGAGGACUCAGGUUUCUGCUAUCUUUGUGUGCCAUGUCGUCACUCGCCCCCGCGAGCUGAAAUGUGCAUCUUGCACAGACAGGCGCACUGCCAGGGCUGCUUCCAGCCAUGGAUUAGGGAGAAUCCAGGAAACAACGAAGUCCUGACAAAACAGCAGCAUGACAGGCCUGGAUGCGAUGAAUGCCUCAUGUAGGCAUCAGCAUGGACAGCUGUGAGUCUCCCGUGGUUUCUGGGACAGACGAUGGGCUCGGCUCCUCCCAGCAGCAGCAACCACCUCAGCCCUGGAACGAUCACAAUAGCUCACAGGUCACCUGCACCAACCAGGCACCUUCCCUGGACCCGCUGUCUCUCUCUGGUCCCUACCCCUCUCAGUCCCAAAACUCUAUUGCACCUCAUGACAGGGUAAGAGAACUACAGUCUCAGCAGCAGCAGCAGCCAAAGCAGACAUCACCCCGGACCCACCGUGAUAGCUCUGCCACAGGCCAGCUGCAUCCCAGAGGAGAGGGUCUUGACGAAGAAGACCAAGAGGGAGUGAGCUGUGGAGAAGAGGAAGAAUCUGAGGACUUAGAUGAAAUGGAGAUUGACAACUGUUUCCCUAGUCUUCAACCUUUUCCUGGGAUGCCAAUAGCUUCAGGGGGAGGAGGUAUGCCCACUCUUUUGCGACAUCAGCCCACACAACAGCAGGGACCACCUGAGAGUGGGAGUGAGGAAGGGGAGGAGGAAGAGGAAGAGGAGAGUAGUGAUGUGGAGAACCUGGCUGGAGAGAUAGUCUACCAACCAGAUGGCUCAGCCUACAUUGUGGAGAGCCUCAGUCAGUUGAUCCAAAGUAGUGGAGGCAUGGUACCCGGCCUGCUUCCUACAAACUCUCUCUCGAGUGGGGGAAAACCAGGGGAACCUGCUGGGACUUCGUCCUCAGUUUACCCACAGAUCAUCAACACGUUCCACAUAGCCUCGUCCUUUGGAAAGUGGUUUGGUAAUUCAGACCAAGGUUUCCCCAAUACCUCAACAAUGGCAGGCCUUAGCCCUGUCCUGCACAGUUUCCGUGUCUUCGAUGUGCGGCACAAAAGCAACAAGGAUUACCUGAACAGCGAUGGGUCUGCCAAGAAGUCCUGUGUAUCCAAAGAUGUUCCCAACAAUGUGGAUUUCUCCAAAUUUGAUGGGCUAGCCCUAUAUGGCAAGGGUAAGCCCAUUCUCAUGUGUUUUCUCUGCAAGCUGUCCUUCGGCUAUGCCCGUUCCUUUGCCACUCAUGCUGUCCACGAUCACCGCAUGACACUGUGUGAAGAUGAGCGGCGGCUGUUAGGAGAUAAGCAUGCAUCUGCCAUUAUCCAGGGCAUUGGGAAGGACAAAGAGCCCCUCAUAAGUUUCCUGGAACCAAAAAAUAAGAGCACUCCUCUGCCAUCUACGCUGCUCCCUCUUAACUCUGGACAGAGCUUCUAUGGCACAUUUAGUGGUGUCCAUCUAGAGCCUGGAAGCAGCAGUGGGGGCAGUGAGACCCUCCUGAACAAAGACUCUGACUCUGGCCUCCAGCAACAGCAGCAGCAACAAACCCCAUUAGGCUCAGUGCUUUCUCUUGGAGGGCUGAGCAUUCCCAAAGCGCCCACUCUUACCUCAUCCCCAGGCUCUGCCAAAGACUCCAGUGCCCUGCCCAAACAGGGAGGGAGAACAGAGGAGCCUGCUGGGAAAGAGUUGGCUUGCAAGGGAGAAGAUGGGAACACUAAGGGACAUGAAAGCAAGGCACACUUAUCCAGCCAGACCGGGGGCUCUGAGGAGGACGAGGAACUGUUAUUAGGGGCAGAGGAAGAUGAGGCAGAAAGCACUGCAAUGGCCUGUGGUGGUAACAGUAGCAGCGGUGGGGGUGAAGCGGGGGAACCAGCUGUCUCAAACCAAAGCAUUUCCAAAUCUCCUUUAUUAAUGCCUAGUAGCACUCUCCAGCCUUCUCCCUGCACCUCUGCAGUCAGUUCCACACUUAACAGCAAAGCCCUUGCUUCCAUUUCCUCCUCUGUCAAGGAAGAGGGUUCAACUGCAGAUGGUGGAGGGAGGACCUCAGAGCUCCCUCUGAGCUUUAACUGCCAGGGACCUACUGUUCCCAUGGCACUGGUGACAGCUGCCGUCAGAAGGAGCGAGGAUGAAACUUCUGGCACUUCCUCCUCGCCUCUGUCCACCAAUGCUGCUCCUGAUGAAAGUGCCAAUCGAGAUAGUGCCACAGCUCCAGAACCAAAUGAUUGCCCUGCAGAGGGAGAGGAGGAAAAUGGAGCCCUUCUGCAUCAUCACCACGUGCACCACCAUCAUCAUCACCUCCACCCUUCAUCUCAUGGCCACUCGCACCCCCUCCCAGGGGGUUCCUGUGACAUAACAGGAAUGGGUGAGUGUUCACAGAACCAUGGGCCCAGUGGCAGUGGAGUUAGUGGGGUCGAAUGCCCUAAAUGUGACACUGUUCUGGGUUCCUCACGUUCUUUGGGUGGUCACAUGACCAUGAUGCAUUCACGCAAUUCAUGCAAGACACUCAAGUGUCCCAAAUGCAACUGGCAUUACAAGUACCAGCAGACUCUGGAGGCCCACAUGAAAGAGAAGCACCCAGACUCUGGAGGCUCUUGCGUAUACUGCAGCAGUGGUCAGAGCCACCCUCGUCUGGCUCGUGGAGAAAGCUAUACCUGUGGAUACAAGCCCUUCCGGUGUGAGGUGUGUAACUACUCCACCACCACAAAGGGGAACUUAAGCAUCCACAUGCAAUCAGACAAGCACCUGAACAAUAUGCAGACACUGCAGAAUGGAGGCUCCAUUGGGUCUGCACAGGACCAGGUGUUUGGACAUACACCAGGAGGAGUGGUGGCUGUCCCGUCAGUCACCCAGGCCAGUAGCCAUCACCCUCCCCACCACCAUCCUUCACAAUCCUCCACUCACAUGUCCGGACCUUGUGGGGUCCCCUCCCCAACCAAGCCGAAGAGCAAACCUUCUUGGAGGUGUGAGGUGUGUGACUACGAGACCAAUGUGGCGCGGAACCUUCGUAUUCACAUGACUAGUGAAAAGCACAUGCACAACAUGAUGCUGCUCCAGCAGAAUGUGACUCAGAUGCAGCACGGGCGACUUGGCUUGGGUGCUAUGCCUUCGCCCUCUGAGGCUGAGCUCUACCAGUAUUACCUGACGCAGAACAUGAGCCUUCCACCAAGCCUCAAGAUAGACCCAGCUGGAGCUGAGGCCCAGUUCCUGAUGGGGAGCUUUCACCUAGAUCCGAACAUGGCUGCCUUGGCUCCUGCACUUGUAGGUGGGGAAAUCCCUAUGGAUGUGCGGCUAGGUGGUGGGCAGUUGGUGUCCGAAGAACUGAUGACCCUGGGAGAAAGUUUAUCGCAGACUAUAGAUCCCUCUCUCAAGCUCUUUCAGUGCGCUGUGUGCAACCGCUUCACCACUGAUAACCUGGAUGUGCUUGGCAUGCAUAUGGGAGCUGAACGGAGCCUGCCGGAGGAGGAGUGGCGUGCCGUUGUCGGAGACUCGCAUCAGUGCAAGUUGUGCCACUACACUACUCAGCUCAAGGCCAACUUCCAGCUGCACUGCAAAACAGACAAGCAUGUGCAAAAGUACCAGCUUGUGGCCCACAUCAAAGAAGGGGGCAAAGGCAACGAAUGGCGCCUGAAAUGUGUGGCCAUAGGCAAUCCGGUGCACCUAAAGUGCAAUGCCUGCGACUACUACACUAAUAGCCUGGAGAAGCUGAGGAUGCACACUGUCAAUUCCCGCCAUGAGGCUAGCCUUAAACUGUACAAGCACCUGCAGCAGCACGAAAACGCGGUGGAGGGUGAUGCCUGCUACUACCAUUGUGUGCUGUGCAACUACUCGACCAAGGCCAAGCUCAACCUGAUCCAGCAUGUGCGCUCUAUGAAGCACCAACGCAGUGAGAGCCUCAGGAAGCUUCAGCGCUUGCAGAAGGGCCUGCCAGAGGAGGAGGAGGACCUCAGCUCCAUCUUUACCAUCCGCAAAUGCCCUUCUUCAGAUACAGGAGAGCUGAGCGAGGAUGUGGAGGCUGCUAGUGAGACCACCACAGACCAGGAGGACCAAACCAAAGACAGAGAAAGUGGGGGGGAGAAGGAGCUCACCAAAGGGACAGCUUUGUCCGGCCACUUGGAACGGCACCAGUCAGGUUCCCCAAUUCCUUCCAAAAGGCCCUCUUCACGGUCAGAGGCCUCAGAAAGCCCACUCUCCUCGAAACGACCCAGGACAGCUGAGAAGGGUGCUGCGGAGCAGAUGUACCAGUGCCCGUACUGCAAGUUUACCAACACGGAUCUGAAUCGCCUCAGAAUGCACGUGAUGACACAGCACUCUGUCCAGCCCAUGUUACGUUGCCCGUUGUGCCAGGACAUGCUCAACAACAAGAUCCACCUGCAGUUUCACCUCACACAUCUCCACAGCGUGGCACCCGAUUGCGUUGAUAAGCUCAUUGCCACAGUGACAACAACUGAAGCACUACCAGCAAGCAUGUUCAUACCUGUGCCGAGUCCAGACAGAGAGCCGCAGAGCACCCCUCAUGCUACAUCCAACUCUAACGCUGAAGAUACAAAGAAGCAAGCUGAUGCAUCAGAUGCUGAUCCAGAAAAAGGGGUGUCACUCCCUACUGAAAUAGCUGAAGCUCGCAAGUCACCUCUGGAAGAUCAACAAUCAGAACGGGAGGAUGCCACAGGAUUCCUGUGCUGGAAGAAAGGCUGUAAUCAAUUGUUCAAGACCUCUAACUCCCUACAAAUGCACUUCAAUGAGGUUCACAACAAAAGGCACCAGUUGCCUGUUUCAGAUCGGCAUGUCUACAAGUACCGCUGCAACCAGUGUAGUCUGGCCUUCAAGACUGUGGAGAAAUUACAACUCCAUUCACAAUAUCAUGUGAUCAGGGCAGCCACCAUGUGCUGUCUUUGCCAGCGAAGCUUCAGAACACUACAGGCGCUGAAGAAGCAUUUAGAAACCAGCCACCUGGAACUGAGUGAAGCUGACAUCCAGCAGCUGUAUGGGGGAUUAUUGAUGAAUGGUGACAUUAUGGCAAUGGGUGAUCCAAGCCUUGGUGAAGAACAUGGAAGUCUGGGAGAGGAUGACAAAGAUGGAGAUGAAAGUGAUCCAGAGGAAAAACAAAGCCCGACAGGCAGUGACUCUGGCUCACUGCAGGAAGAUUCUGGAUCUGAACCUAAACGUGCAUUGCCAUUCAGAAAGGGCCCAAACUUUACGAUGGAGAAAUUCCUGGAUCCAUCUCGUCCUUUUAAAUGCACUGUAUGCAAAGAGUCUUUUACACAGAAGAACAUCCUUCUGGUUCAUUACAACUCUGUCUCCCACCUACACAAGGUGAAGAGGGCUCUUCAGGAGUCUACUACUGGUCAACCUGAGCCUACCAGCAGCCCUGACAACAAGCCAUUCAAGUGCAGCACUUGUAAUGUGGCAUAUAGCCAGAGUUCAACUUUGGAAAUCCACAUGCGCUCUGUUCUACACCAGACCAAAGCUAGGGCAGCCAAACUUGAGGCAGCAGGGGGAAUCACUAGCUCUGCAAGCGCAACUGGUUUAAGCAGUGGAGGAUCCGGCAUGAGCACAUCAACAUCAAGUCCAAGCCCAGCCAGCAACUCAAACACUAGCUCCACCAACCACAGCUCUUCUGGGAGUCAGGCAGCCCAGAAUAUUCUAGGAGGAAACCACACAAGCCAGACUCACAACACUGAAAACCAGGGGAAUUCCUCGGUGAGCUGCCACUCCUCACCAUCUGAGAACCACGAAGUGAAAAAGUCCAAAUUUUCAGACAUUCUCUCUGCAAGGGGGCAACAGCAACAGCAACAGCUUCAGCAGCAACAGCAAUUGGCUCAGGCUCAAGCCCAAGCUCAAGCACAGCUUCAACAAGAGCUCCAGCAGCAAGCUGCUCUUCUACAGUCGCAGCUGUUCAACCCAGCACUUCUGCAGCACUUCCCAAUGACAACUGAUGCACUUCUGCCUCUGCAGCAGCAGCAGUUGCUGUUUCCUUUCUACAUCCCUGGAGCAGAAUUUCAGCUAAAUCCUGAGAUCAGCAUCAGCAGCUCAGCACUUGGCUUAGCUGGAUCCCCCAGCUCUUUGCUUGAAGAUCUUAAAAACUCAGCCCAACAGAGUUGCUUGCAGCAGCAAUUGAUGCACCACCACCUUCAGCAGCAACAGCAGCAGCAACAACAGCAACAACAGCAGCAGCAACAGCAGCAGCAGCAACAACAAUCACACUUGCAGGUUCAGAGCCAAAUGGCGUUGCUGCAACAGAGUGCAUCACUCCUCCAACAAGCUGAAUUAAAGCAGAAACCUCCCUCCUCUCAGAAUGACAAGGACAGAGAAAUACAAAGGGAGAGGCAUGCAAGCGAAAAAAAUGAGGACUAUGUAAAUAAGGAUUCUGCAGACAGCAGGCCAAAAGAAAGGGAGAGUCAGCAUAUUUCAAUAAACAUAAACCAUGAUACUGGCUUGCCUCCACCAAGGAUUGCUUCAGAUGCUCGAGGAAAUGCAACUAAAGCCCUGCUGGAAAAUUUUGGGUUUGAGUUAGUAAUUCAGUACAAUGAAAAUAAACAGAAAGCUCAGAAAAAGACAGCUGGACCUACUGGAUCAAGUGGUCCAGGUGGAAUAACAAGAGUCAUAGAUCCCAUUGGGGGAUUGGAGAAGCUGGAAUGUGAAGCCUGUGGCAAGCUGUUUUCAAACAUACUGAUUCUGAAGAGUCACCAGGAGCAUAUCCACCAGGCUUUCUUUCCAUUCCGAUCCCUUGAGAGGUUUGCCAAGGAAUACAGAGAACAUUAUGAUAAGCUCUACCCACUGAGACCGCCUACACCAGAGGCUGCUCCAGCUCCACCACCUCCCCCUCCUCCACCCCCACCUCCUCCUCCACCCCAAAGAGCUCCCACCCCAAAUAUACCUGUGUCUAAUGCCUCACUCACACCUCCAACCGUGCCACCUCCACAGGCACCAGUUCCAAUGACACAAAUACCCAUGCCAAUGGAUUUGCCGCUCUUCUCCCCACUUAUGAUGCAGCCCAUGUCUCUUCAGUCCCUGCCUACUCAGUUGCCUCCCCAGUUGCCGUCUGUUGAGCCAAGCCUGGCCUCAGACCUGGCCCAACUCUACCAACAGCAACUGACACCAGCCAUGCUGCAGCAGAACAAGAGACCACGGACACGCAUCACCGACGACCAGCUUAGGGUCCUACGACAGUACUUUGAUAUCAACAAUUCACCAAAUGAGGACCAGAUCAAAGAGAUGGCAGACAAGUCAGGGCUUCCACAAAAAGUGAUAAAGCACUGGUUCAGAAACACCCUUUUCAAAGAAAGGCAGCGCAAUAAAGACUCGCCUUACAAUUUCAACAAUCCACCAACAACAACUCUGGAAGACACUAAAAUUGAUUCCAAACCUCCUUCUCCUGAACCUCAGAAACACGAAUACUAUGGAAGCAAGAGAUCAUCCAGGACUAGGUUUACUGACUACCAGCUAAGAGUUCUGCAAGAUUUCUUUGAUGCCAAUGCUUAUCCUAAAGAUGAUGAAUUUGAACAGCUCUCAAACCUUUUGAGCCUCCCCACCCGUGUUAUUGUUGUGUGGUUCCAAAAUGCACGUCAGAAAGCAAGGAAGAAUUAUGAAAAUCAAGGUGAUGGAGGGAAAGAUGGUGAAAGAAGAGAACUGUCAAACGACCGAUACAUUCGCACAUCUAACCUGAACUACCAGUGCAAGAAAUGUAGUCUCGUUUUCCAGCGUAUAUUUGAUCUAAUAAAACACCAAAAGAAGCUGUGUUACAAAGAUGAAGAUGAGGAUGGACAGUAUGACAGCCAAAAUGAGGAUUCAAUGGAUUUUUCCCAUGAAUGUUACACUCCCUCUGGGUCUUCCUGUCACACCCCAAUGCCCUCCUCUUCGAGUCUCUGCCCACUUCCACCCACGACUUCAGCAUUCUCACACCUCCCUUCCACCGAGAAAGAGGAGGCAUCACCAGCAACCACCUCAAACCUCUAUGAUGAGAAGCCCAAGCAGUUACCAGAAAUAACCGCUGAUCCGCGAGAAAACCAAACCUCCAUUAAGCAGGAAAUUGUGCACCAACCUCAAUCUGAGGUACAACACCAGAGACCACAGAGAGAAGACAAGAUCCAAAAUGUUUCUAAGCCCUCCAAGCAUUCAACUCCUUCCUUUUCUCAGCAGCAACAGCAGAGUGGUCUGUCAGCCUCACAGACAAGCCAGCCUUCAUCACAAAGCUCUCACAUGGGCCUCAAUCCACACUUGACCUCUGCCACACAACAACUGGCACAGCAGAUGAUCCCAUACCAGUGUGAGCAGUGCAAAAUUGGCUUCCCCUCCUUUGAGCACUGGCAGGAACACCAGCAAUUACACUUCCUUUCUGUGCAAAAUCAAUUCAUCCACCCGCAGUUCCUCGACCGUCCAAUUGACAUGUCUUUCAUGCUUUUUGAUCCUAGCAAUCCUCUCCUGGCAACCCAGCUAAUCUCUGGGAUGCCACAAAUUCCAAGCAGCUCUGCCACCUCUCCGUCCACCCCAACCUCCACUAUGAACUCCCUGAAAAGGAAGUUAGAGGAGAAAGCUAGCACUAGUCCAGGAGAAAACGAUAGCACAAAUAGUGGAGAAGAGCCACAGCGAGACAAGAGGCUUAGAACCACCAUCACGCCUGAACAGCUAGAGAUCUUAUAUCAGAAGUAUUUAUUAGAUUCUAAUCCUACGCGUAAAAUGCUUGACCACAUUGCUGUUGAGGUGGGUUUGAAAAAGAGAGUUGUGCAAGUGUGGUUCCAGAAUACCAGAGCCAGAGAGAGAAAAGGCCAGUUUAGAGCUGUUGGGCCAGCCCAAGCUCAUCGUAGGUGUCCUUUUUGUCGAGCUCUUUUUAAAGCAAAGACUGCCCUUGAAGCACACAUUCGCUCUCGUCACUGGCAUGAAGCCAAACGUGCUGGAUAUAAUUUAACUCUCAGCGGUAUGUUACCUGAGCAGGAGAACAUGCAAAUAAAAAUGGAUGCUCUUGAUACAUCAGGUUACUCCCAGCUACCCCCUACUACAAACAGUGAUGGACAAAGCUCCUCCAUGUCACCCAUGAACAAAGGCUUGGACUUGUCUCCAAGGGGUCUACUGAGCCCUUCGUCCAUCAAAGUUGAAGGAAUGGAAGACUUUGAGAGUGCCACAAUGUCCUCUAUGAACCUGAACUUUGAUCAGAGCAAACUCGAUAAUGAUGACUGCUCUUCUGUGAAUACAGCCAUUACAGACACAACCACAGGUGAUGAGGCUAAUGCUGAUAAUGACAGUGCUGAUGCAAAGCACAGCCAAAAUAGUGGCGAUUACCUGUCUAAGUCUGGGGGCACAGCUCCCAUCCUUGAAAAUGAUGACCAGAUGUCCUCGGGACUAGUGAGCCCUGCAACAAGCUAUUAUGCUAAGGACUAUGAAAAUGAAAAUAUGAUUGACCACAGUGAGACGUCCAGUCUGGCUGACCCCUGCUCACCAAGUCCUGGAGCCUCUGGUAGCAGGAGCCUUGAAGGUGGAGAUAGACCUGGCCAAAAGCGCUUCCGAACCCAGAUGACUAACCUCCAGCUGAAAGUGUUAAAAUCCUGUUUUAACGACUACAGGACACCUACCAUGCUGGAAUGCGAGGUACUUGGCAAUGAUAUUGGACUUCCAAAGAGAGUGGUUCAGGUGUGGUUUCAAAAUGCUCGCGCGAAGGAGAAAAAGGCAAAGCUCAAUAUGGCCAAGCACUUCGGAAUAAAUCAGACGUCUUACGAGGGGCCGAAGACUGAGUGCACUUUGUGUGGUGUUAAAUAUAGCGCUCGCCUUUCUGUUCGCGAUCACAUUUUCUCCCAGCAACACAUCUCUAAGGUGAAGGAUACUAUUGGCAGCCAGAUCGAUAAAGAGAAAGAGUACUUUGACCCAGCUACUGUCCGCCAACUUAUGGCCCAGCAAGAAAUGGACCGCAUUAAGAAGGCCAAUGAAGUUUUAGGAUUGGCGCAGCAACAGGCCAUGCAGCAGCAGGGGAUGUUUGAUAACCCUGCAAUGCAGGCUUUAAAUCUCCAGUCGGCCUAUCCAAACCUGCAAGGUAUCCCACCUGUCCUUUUACCAGGGGUUGGCAGCCCCUCUCUUCCCAGCUUUAACUCAUCUAAUUCAGCUUUAACUCCUCCAAAACCUUCAAACCUCCUGAACAUGCCUGGUGCCAGUGUUCCCUCACCUAGCCUCCCCACGUCUGGAUUGCCCAACAAGCCUCCCUCCUCAUCGUCUCUCACCGCAUCCAGCCCAGCCCAGACCAACACGUCUACUUCCCACUCAAACUCCACCUCCAAUUCCACGUCCUCAACCAGUCAGUCGCGACCUGAACCCCCCAAAGAACGAGAUGCUGAGAGAGUAAAAGAGAAGGAGAAGGCCAAGGAAAAGACAGAGAAGCCCUCAACUCCAUCAUCAACUGGAAGCACCCCCGCCCCUUCCACUUCUGCUGCCAGCGCCAAAAAGGAGAAACCUGAAACAGCUGUUCCUGCCACUUCUAUGCCCACACCUGGAAUGGAGUAUGUGGUAGAUCCUGCCCAGCUUCAGGCCCUCCAGGCUGCUUUGGCAUCAGAUCCCACAGCUCUCCUCACAAACCAGUUUCUACCCUACUUCAUGCCUGGCUUUUCCCCAUAUUAUACCCCUCAGAUUCCUGGGGCUCUACAAGGGGGCUACCUGCAACCAAUGUAUGGUAUGGAAAGUCUCUUCCCUUACAACCCAGCAUUGUCACAAGCACUGAUGGGCCUGUCUCCAGGGUCCCUACUGCAGCAUUACCAGCAAUAUCAGCAGAGCUUGCAGGAGGCACUACAGCAGCAGCAGCGGCAGCUUCAGCAGAUCCAGCAACCCAAGGCGAGCCAAACUUCAGUUCCCCCUCAAACCUUGGGGGAUCGCAAAGAUUCUGCCAAAGAUCCAGCGAAAUCAGAGGAGCAAAAGGGCAAUCCACAAAGUGAACCUCCCACUUCCUCCUCGUCCUCUUCCUCCUCGUCCUCCUCCUCCUCUUCUCAUACUACAGUACCCUCCGAGCAGAAUGAGAUGGAUGGCAAACCUGUGGACACCCAUCUAGACCAGUAUAUCGUCCCCAAGGUGCAGUAUAAACUGGCAUGCCGCAAGUGUCAAGCUGUUUUCACCAAGGAAGAAGCGGCUAUUACCCACCUUAAAUCGAACUGCUUUUUCGGUCAGUCUGUGGCAAACCUGCAAGAGAUGUUGCUGCGUGUCCCCGGUGGCGUAGGUGUAGGGGCUGGAAGUCUCUAUGACUGCCUGGCUUGUGACACUACGUUGGAUGGGGAGAAAGCACUCAGUCAACACCUGGAAUCGGCAUUGCACAAACACAGAACAAUCAAGAGAUCGGUCAGAAAUGCCAAAGAGCACGCUACUAGUUUAUUACCUCACUCUUCAGCCUGCUUCCCCAAUCCUAACACCGCAUCUACCUCGCAGUCUGCCACUCAUCCCAUCAGCAGCCCUCCUCCCCCGCCAACAACAUCAGCCACCAUGCCAUCUUCUGCUGUCUCCUCAUCUUUGUGCUCCUCCUCUACUACCCAACUCAACACCACAGCUGCCGGAAAACCCUGGCCCCAGGCCCCUUUCCCCAGAGCUUUAGCUGGGAAGCCCAAUGCUAGUCCCUCCUCUUCUUCCUCCUCUUUUCCUCCAGUGUCCUCACCUUCAACGGUUACCUCAAGUUCAUUGAGCACCUCAGGAGUUCAGACCUCGAUACCAACAGACGUCUUUACCGACGAGUCUGACUCUGACAGCAGUCAGAAGUCAGCAAACAGGCUGGGCAGGACGGCGGAGGAGCCGCAGCAGCCUGGCUUUGUCAAAGACAGUAAUAGUUGUAGUAGUAAUCUUGCUAGUGUAGGAACAGACUCCAUCAGAUUGUAAAAGAGCUUUCAGUGAUGGACGAUAUUUAAAAAAAACUCCCUAAAAGACAAAAAAAAAAAAAUCCAAAAAUUAAAAAAACCCAUAAAAAGCAGCAAUGUUAAAAAUACAUUAAAAGUAUACAAACCAAUUUCAGAAAAAGAUGUGUAAAGACUAACUGCAAUUCCAAAGCUUGUAACCAAAAAUUUAAAUGUUAGUGGAUUGUUUUCCCAUAUCAACAUGCUGGUUUUCAUUUUUGUAUUUCUUUGUUUUUCUUUUGUUUUUGUUUUAACUCAACCGAAACGCACCGAUCAGCCACAACAUUAAAACCACCUGCAUUAAAUUGUGUAUGCCCCAUUGUGCCAGCAAAAUAGUUUAUGACCCAUCAGGGCACGGACACUUGACCCUUCGGUGUGUCCCGUGGUUUCUGGUAGUGGGAUGUCGGCUGCAGACUGGGAUUGCGUUGAGGUCGGGGGAGGUUGAAGGCCAGGUUAACGCCUUAGGUUCUUUGUCGUGUUCCUUAAUCCUGCUGUGCGGUUGGUCAAAAUACCAUCCGCAUGAAUGCCAAGGUUUCCCAGCAUCACACUGUAACGAGGUGAACAAUUUCUUUUUUUUAAAUCAGCUGUCAGUGUUUUUAAUGUCGUGGCUAAUCUGUGUACAGGCAUACUAAUAUGUGAGAACAGAAAAAGAUCGCUGCAGUUACGUUUUGGGUAAUGGUGGAGGAAUGCUGUACUGUAUGGCAAUGGACUGCCUCAAAGUUGACAGAUGGCCCAAGAACCCUUUUGAAGAAAUGCAAGUCAACGAGCUGUCCCUUUGUUUUGUAAUAAUUUCUACUUAAUAGCACAGCCACAAAAAGCCAGUAUGUACUGUAUGGGAGAAUAGUCUAUCAGUUUUCUUGCUAUUUAAGCAUUCAGAUACCAAUGGCUUGCAAAAGUGAAAGAAUAAUGUAAUGUCUAUUUUAUUCUCAGGUCAACAGCUCACAGAUGUUUUUCUGUUACAGAAAUUCAUGUUUUCACCUUGUGUUUCCAACAGGAGAUGAGCAUUAUUAUUGUUUUCUUUCUGAACUUGAUUUACUAAUAGAAAGUUUAGGUUGAAUUAAAUUUUGAUAAGGCAUUGUUUCUGGGCAUUCAAAUAGGGUCAAACGAUUUGCUGAUUUCAAUAUCAGAAAUCCUUUCAAAGUGGGGAAGUUACAGUCCCGAUGAUCCCAUACAAGGAAAGCAUUGCAGACGUGAUAACGGGCGAUGAAUAGUUUUAAUUAAAAAAGAAAAAAGAAAAAAAAGAAUCAGCCUUCUGUAUUUAUGAUAGAUACAAGCAUUUUUGGUGUUAAGUAGAAUGUUGCAUUGGAAACGAAUUUAAACAGUAUGGUAGGUUGGAGGAAAAAAAAACCUUUAUGUACAUUUAGCUUUUGUAUUGUCCAAUUUUAUGACACUUCAUUUGAUGUUGUCUUGGUCAUUCCGAUAGUCUAGAUUAUGGACAGGUAAUUUAUCGAAACUUUAUUUCUGUCUUAUUCUUAACUUCUUGGGAAACAUGAACCCAAAUGCCCCUCCUGACAAGGCAGGAUCCUCUUUUAGCAUUAUUUAAAUUUUAUGAUUUGGUUGGUAUUGCUCUAACCAAAAUGAAAAAGAUAAUGGGUGAAAUAUUGAAAGUUUUAUUUAAUUUAAUUUUUGUGUUACCUUUGUGCACUUAUCACUGUCUGACUCCUAUUUUUCACUCUUCGUUUUCCUCUCUCGGCACUUAUUUUUCUCUCUCGCUCUCCUGUGUUUGUAGAUAUGUAUACAAAGCAGGUCUUUUGUUCUUCAUGUAGUGUGGCUACGGUCUUUUUUUUUUUUUUUUUUUCCCUUUUUUUUUGUCAUAAGUGAAAAUGAAAAAAGAAUACUAAUAAUAAUUCUCACGCUUUAAGACAAAAAGAAAAUCCAAAGACUAAACACUUUCACCAUUGGUGCAUAAAGAUGAGAAAAGAGGGUUCUUUAUACUUGAGAAUUUGUUGCUGUUUUUAGAGGAAAGAAACAAAGUUUUAAAAGAUAAAGGAGUACGCAUCAGAGUUGCCGAUUUUGCUUCUUUGCAAGCAAACAGGUGGCUUUUUUACGUAAAUACCAAAAACCAAAAAGGGCCCUUGUCCUUGCAUUGUGGAGUAGCACCGUUACAGAGCCAUUGCAGUUUGUAAGAUAGAGGUUAUUAAUCUUUGUUUGACUUUUGUCACAUUCAAAUGUCAAUUUUUUUAAGAAAAUGUAUAAGGUCUGGUCUUCAAGGACAUACGUUUUGCUGCUAAUGUAGAAUUUUGAGGAAAAAAAAAAAAGAGUACCUAGAUGCAUGCUCAUUUUGCUUUUGGCUAAGCUUUAAAACAAACAAUAAACCAAUUUCUUGCCUCUGCAACACCUUUUUUUUUUUUCUUGUUGCAAAAACGGAACUUUGAAGACUGUGAAUAUAUGUUCCAAAGGACAUUUUGCCGAUUUUCUUUUUUUUUGAAUAGACCAAUGUUUAAAGCCAAUGAUCUAUAACGUUUGUAAAGAACAGUGCAUUCCAAAUAUCACAAUGGAUUUUUCUUAAGCAAGGACUGAUCCUGUUUCAUUUGAUUGCUUUUAAUUGUCACAAUCUAUUUUUUCCUCAUUUUUGAAGUGACUGUAAACUGUUGUGUACAUUUUUUGCAUCAUUGGUUGCUGAAGAAAGCGACCCCCAUAUGUCAUUUUGUGCUGGCAUGGAACGUUGCUGAAAAUCCCUCCAUCCAGUCAAGGUUGUUGCUCACUUGUUAAGCAAGUAAUAGUGGUUACCAAAAAAUGUAUAUAAUACAUCUGGUACUGAUGCGUCUCAUAGGUUUAGUAACAUUUAUACCAGUCGACCUACAACUAGUCUCAGAGGGGAAUAACGGCCGUUUUGCUGAGGUGCUGUCGCUCAGUCACUUGUUGCAUGUGUCUGCAGGGUGCCACUUCCACACAUAGAUUACAGGUAGAGACAUCUUCAUUCCAAAGCAUUAUGUCUGGAAAAAGUAGGAGGUUAUUUUUGAAGAUGUCUCUUGUUUUCAAAUUGUUAGGAUGCUUUCAUGUCCAAAGAAGUCACUUACUUCGUUUUGUUGCAAUGGAAAUGGAUGUGCAUAGGUACCACGCCCUUCUCCCUUAUGAUAUCAUCAUUUUAAUUUGUCUUUUUUUUUUUUUAAACCAAAACCAAGACAUAUUUAAAUUUGUGGAGAACUACUUUUUUGGCCACUAUUGUAUAGUCAAUAUAUUUUGCCCUAAUGACUAAAAAGGCACAAUCUCAAAGGUGUUUAAAAAUGCUACAUCUUGUAGAGAAAUGGUAUUUGGUGUUAAUACUACAGCAUGCUGUUGAAAGUCAGUAGAUCUGGUCUGCAAGCUUGCUACGUCUCAAGUCCAGUUCCCUGAAAUACUGUUCACUUGUGCUUUCUUGUGUUGAAAAAAACCCCCAAUCCUUAAGUUGUACAGUUUUUCCUCAAAAUAUGUUUGCUUUAUUUUAUUUUUUAGAUAAUGUCAGACAUGUAUUAUUUUCUUAGAAGUAUUUUAUUUUAUUUUCCGUGUAUUACUUUUUAUCAUAAAUUAACACUAGCUUUAAAUUGAAUUGCUGAAAUUGAGAGACAAAAACGAAAAUUAUGACCUGGCCACUUUAUAUUCAUUGUCUCAAUGAUACUUUUUGCUUUUUUUUUUUUCCAAAGUGUAAUCUCUUGGGCUCUUUUGUGGAAGACACAGUUGAGGUCUUCACAUUAGAUUCAGCCAGCAUGUACUCUGUAUGGGUUUGUGUGUUUAUGUAAGUGUGCGUUGUACGUUUGUGCGCGUGUAUGUGCGUGCGUGUCAUAAGAGCCAGCAUCAAUUCAAUUUUUUUUUCUUCUUUGCCUUUAAUUAUUAUUAUUUUUUGGUUAUAUGUUACUCACCAAAACAAGCUGAACCACGAAGCUGGAUUGUGAAUAACUGAAAUUCAGAAAAUCAAAUUUAAAAGAUAACGAUUGGAAAUGAGAACGAUGAUACCGAAGCACUGAGCAGUUUUUACUUUGAUUGAAUAUAUGAAUGUGGCCAAAGCUUUAUGCAGUUGAAACACAAAGGAAAAAAAAAACGUGCCCCGGAUAAGUGUAUAUUUUAUUGCGGCACACAAUGCUAUUGUGGAUACAGGGAUCCACCUCCUUACAUUUGGGAUACUUGAUUUUAAUGGACAAUUACAAGAGAGGGAUAAAGACAAGGUCUUGCUGUAGAGGUCAUCUUUUGCCCACUGUGAAAACGAAAGUGUACCUGUAUACAGAUAUAGAUAUAUUUAAAACCAAGACAUCAACUGUUUGUUUCCUUUUAUUUGUUUGUUUGUUUUUUGAGAUGAAGAAGGAAUAAAAAGAAAUGAUAAAGGACUCUGGGAAGCUUUGGAGAUCUUGUUAGGAGGACAAGAGAGGCUCUGGGCACACAAAACUGGGCAUGGGAGCCAAAGCCAGGCUCAAAACAGCUUUAAAAACCACCUCCUUAUUUGAUUACUGACAACUCUGUAAUGCGAAUGGACUCUGGAACCAAUGGACGUGUGUCAUACACAGAGGAAAGUCUUUAGAGGAAACUGAACUUAAGUGGCUCCAGCUGCCUCUUUCUCCUUUCUGUCUGUCCUUUAUUUCUCCAGCUCUGCCUCCGCUUCUGCUCUUUGAUGGACAUUUUCCAAAUUUCAGGACAGGAUGGACAGAGAUGCUUGCUUCAUAUCUUCCAGUUCAUGUUGCUACCCGUUUCAUUUCCUCGUGCUUGUCUGCAGUUGACAAGUAAAGCUCUCCAGUCAAAUGGCGGCUCACCCCUCUCUCUGUUGGUUACAUUAUCUAAACAGAGAAAUUAACAACACAGAGAGGGGAUGGGUUCUCAAAGCUGUCAUUCUUAAAGAGGCAGUUACACUAAGAAAAAGAAAAAAAAAAAAAAAGCAUAUUAACCAAAAUUAACAACCAAACUAACAACCAAACAACCAUUUGCUCCAACUUCAAAGAUGAACUGUUACUUGGAGCUCUCUGUUCCUUUUGUGACUUCUGGUGCCACAAUGUUUUUUUAUCCUUUUAUUUUUUUUUAUUUUUUGUUUGUUUUUUUCUUUUUGUUUCCUUGAAUUACUCCUCCUUCGAGCCUCAUAAGCAUGGCUCUGUGGCUCCAGGCAGCCCAUCUGAGGGUAGAAAAAAACAGCCUUGCAAUGUACAAAAAAGAGCAAGUUAAACCAAAAAUGUUGUUCUUGAUGUCUUUUCUAUACUGUAGUCUUGUUAGCUUUUUUGUUACUGUAAUUAUAUGAAGAUUUCCAAACUGUACCAAAUUACAUGGAAACUAACAUACAUACAACCACAUGGAACUUCAGACUUUUAAAGAAACUUUUGUCACAAAAACUUGUUGUCCUAGUUAAGUUGAUUGUAGAUGGUAAUUGAAUAUACUCCUUUGAAAAUAUUUCAUCAAGUAUGUUUCUUGCUCAUUGUGAUACAUUAAAAAAGUAUGAGCAUAAAAA